AAGAUUCUUGAGGUGACCGGACUAUCCGAGUCUUGUAGGCAAUGGCGGGGCUAAUAGGAGAAUGUCCACCUGAUUUGGGGAGCUGCGUUUUUUCGCCCUGACCAAACCCUGACUCUUCUACAUAGCCUUGCUUGAAACGACCGGGACUCUUCUUUGCCCGUUGCCACCACCAGCACGAGGUGUGGUCUUUGCGUCCUCACACCGUUUGUCGACGACGGAACAAAGGUAGUCAUUCUAGAGUUUUUUUUCCUAACCCCAGAUGAUAUAAGAGAACCUGGCUCCCAUUUUUCGAAGCCUCGUACCCGCACGCGCCACGAUGUCAGGAUCAAGCAAGAAGCCCAUGCGUAGGGCUGUAGUUCCCGUCUCCAAAACCCUUCCUACCGAUCCACAAGACCAACACUCCUCGUCAGAGGAAGUGGAUCCAAUUUUCUUUACCCCGUCGCCCUCACCACCAUCUAAUACACCAACACCCGACAACGCGUCCGCCUUGCCAUGCGACCAUGCAACGGGUGAACCCCACCGCCAUCCAAACCCAACUCGUCAUCCAGACUUUUGGUUCCACGACGGAUCGAUUAUUCUACAGGUGGAGAGCAAGUUGUUCAAGAUACAUCAAACCAUCCUUGCGAAUCAUUCAGAAGUCUUCGCGGGAUUGUUUGAUGUUCCUCCGCCUCUGCCUACCGGUACGACUGAAGGUGAUGACAUGGUGCUAGAAGGGUGCAGAAUUGUCGUUCUUCACGGGGACACAGAGAAGGACUUUGAGAGCCUGCUUCGGGCAGUGUACAACCCUUCUUAUUUCGACGACACCCUACCACCGUCUGCAGAUGUGGAGACCUUGCUCGACUUUAUCUCGGGGAUCCUUCACCUUUCCACCAAGUACCUCAUCCGCAACCUCCGUCAACGAUGCAUCAACCUCUUCACCUCGAAGUUCCCGGCUACAUUUGAUGAAUACACAGCCAAAUCCACUCCUCAGCCUUCAUACUCAUCGACAAGAUCAUCAAGUCACAAACAAGAGAGAUACAGAUCCGAUACCCUAAUGCGAGCCCUCCACCUGGCUCACUCAUGUAACAUCACAACUUCGCUCCCGUACCUGUACUACUGCACCGCUCGUUUGUCCCUCCACCGGCUCUUGAAACCCCGGCCAACAGAUGUGGACUGGCAAACCAAGUCAGUAGUAUUGGCGGGUAGAGAACGAUUGCGAUAUGCCACGCUUGCCAUCAGUUAUUCCUUCCUACUGGUCUUCGAGCGGGCACCCACUUGUGCCGAAAUGCGAUGUGGUUUUGCAAGCGGACCGGGGAGGGAGUGGAGGAGCAUUGUUUUGGGUGGGGAGAGCGGGAUUGGGUCGGCGCCUACCCCUCCGACUGCAGCUACUUCAAUUACGAAUGCUGGUGGUGUGAACGGCAUCUCUGCCUCGGCGACCGCAGAACGCAAAUCCAAGUCUUCGUCAAAUCGUGCACCUAAUCCCCUACGGCUAUACACGCGUUGGCCAGAACUGGGUGUCUGCGACAGAUGCGUGGAAUGGAAUAAAGGCGUGCAUGAACGAGGUCGGCGAGAAGUCUGGGAGAGGCUACCCGGGAUGUUCGAAUUGGAAGGGUGGGACGAGUUGAGGAAAGCCCAAGGUAGUUAG